AUGUAUAGUCACCACACACACUCAGGGGACUACAGUCAACAUGGGUAUUCCCCACUGAACGACAUGGUCGAAAGAGCGUCGCAGCUGAAUUUCAAAACCUUUUGCCUGACAGAACACAUGCCCCGAUUAAGUGCGCAGUAUCUGUACCCUGAGGAGAUCCACUCGGAAGAUGCAGAAGACGAUGUGGCAAGGCUACUGGAGGAUUGGGAGAAGUUUGUUGAGCAUGCUCGGAGAAUCCAAUUGCAACACAAAGAUGACCCUCUGAAAAUUAUAGUCGGUGCGGAAUCGGAGAGUUGCGAUACUGAACAGAUUGAAUAUUGCAAGUCGCUACAGGAGAGGUACUCUCACACGGUCAAGUUUUUUGUUGGGUCUGUGCACCACGUUAACGGAAUCCCUAUUGAUUUCGAUAGCAGCAAUUGGAACCGGGCCCUCGAAUCCUGCGGUAACAAUCUACUUCAACUCAUCACCCGAUACUAUGAGACACAAUACGAGAUGUUGCAAUUACUGAAACCCAAAAUUGUGGGUCAUUUUGACCUGUAUAAAUUACAUCUCCCAGAGGACCUGAAAGUGGAUACAGAGUCCGGUCAAGUCACCACGGCUCCCGCGGGCCGUCACGUCAAAGACAACGAGAUUUUCGACCUGUGGCCCUCCCUUGAACAGCUAGUCUUGAGAAACUUACAGUUCAUAAGUGAUUACGGCGGGAUCCUCGAGGUCAACACCUCCGCGCUACGGAAAGGGCUCCAGGAACCGUACCCUGGGCUCCGGAUCUGCCAGCUGAACCAACUCCACGGGAACGGCAAAUUCGUCCUCAGCGACGAUUCACACUCGGUCGACCAGGUUGGAACGCACUACGGGGAGGCCAUUGCCUUUCUCCGGGACACCGUCAAGCUAUCGCAACUGCACUACUUGCAACUGGAGGGUCCAGAGGAGGACCAGCUGGUGGAACGCACCGUUCCUAUAACGGAAAUCAUUUCCCAAUUCGAGCACAUAUGA